AUGCGAAAACUUUUGGUGGCGAUGAUGUUGAUGGUGACUGUGACUGUUGCUCUUUCGUCGAGCAAUUCGGACGAAAUUCCCGCAGAGCGCACAUGCUACGUUACGAGUUACCAUUACGGCGCAAAUUGGACCAAGCCGGAGUAUGGAGGACCGGACGAGAGAAGUUGUUCCAAAAACAAACCGCAUUGUGUCACGUUCACGUUUAAAUCGGGGAAAGUGUCCUAUGGAUGCUGGCAUUGCCCGAAGGUUGGUGCAAACUUCUACGAGGGAAUCGGCACUGCAGAUUGUUGUGACACGGAUAGCUGCAACAAGCCGAAGCCUUUCAAUUGUCACCUUAGGGAAAGCGAAAAUGACGAAUCGGACAAAUGUGAAGCGGACGGAGUGGAGUCUUUUUGCGCGGGUUACUACGACGACUACUCUGUUGGGAAAUGCACAAAUGAGUGUAAGAAUCAAAAGCUGAACGUGCGAAUUGAGGGUGGACGGGACGCAGAGGGCAGGGAUCGACCGAUGAUGUGUUGCGAUACGGAGAUGUGCAAUAUGCCGCAGCCGAAGUCAACGCAGUCACCCGAGGACCGCAAGGUUGAAUCGGGCGGUGCCUCCACAAUGGGUGUGAUGGCCAUCAGUCUAUUCAUCACGACUCUCCUCCUUUUCUAUCAAAUUUCUUCGUCGAUUCAACAAAGCGAUAAAUUGGAUCAAUUCACAUCUCCGAAUGAUCGAGAUGAAAUUCUGUCUCGUGAUCGUCGUACUUUGAAGGAUAUUCAUUUUGAUUUCCAAGGCGCCGAAGUGGCUGAAUGUAGUGAGAAUGGCCUUCCAAUGAAGGUAAAACAGAUCUAUUACUGGCCUGGCGAUAAUAUUUCUUUCACGUGCAAUGUUUGUCAGCCAGGUCUCGAUUCAAAUGGGAAGAUCAAAAUGUGGGGUUGGGCCGCAAAAGUGUACGACUUUUUCGAUCAUUACCAGAAGAAUAAGAAGUUGCAACACGCGGAUGUUGGCGUGCAAUUUCUACUACUCAACUCCGAGAUCAAUACAAGCCCGAACGAAAUCUAUGGAUCAGAGGAUUCUGAUCCGUCUAACAUGCCCGGAAAUCGAGAUCAGGCCACAGAGCACGGAUUUUUGCCCCAUAUCCGACGACAAACGUUCGAGCAAAUUGGAAAAACUUUACAAAUUCAUAAUUCUGAAGCAAGGGCGGCUGGUGUGUAUUUUUGCUACGACGACACUGCGUUGCAUUUGGUCCGUUAUUUCUAUAUUCUUCACGCAAUGACGCCGAUCAAUCGAGUCAAUUGCUUGGAUGAUGCCAAUUUGAAGAAUCGUGUUCCACUUAGUCCGGAUAUGGGCAAAAUGGUCAGUGAAUCGUCUGAUAAAAAGGCUUCAUUACCGCCUUCAUUUCAAUGUGGCAAUGAUUGCGGGAAACCGAUUUAUAUGUACCCGGAUACUCAAUGGAAAUUCAACUGGCAUCCCAUGAUCUAUAAACGCGAAAAUGAGGCUAUCUGUGAUAGCGGUGAUCUUGAGUGCGAACAAUAUUUGAAACUUCACCCCGACACCGACGACUUAGUGAUACGAAAAGUGCCGGAGACGCCGAUACAUCUGCAUGUUCUCAAACGAUCGUUCAACGAUAAAAGAUUUUACACGUAUGUGGCGUUGGCUUUUCGAUGGGAGCCAUGGAGUAGAUGCGAUUCGGGAAGAACACAUCAACACCGAGAGGGACACUGUGUUUUGCAGCUCGUCGAUGGUAAAGAGAAAACGAACUCGCAAAAUACUCUUCUUGAAGUAUCGAGGUGGAUGUCCCGAUUGGAUAGCAUUUUCGGGCUUUCUGGAGGAAAAGAAACGGCAUUUUUGAGAUUGCAAAGUUCAACUGUGAUGACGAUGAUCAUGGAUCAACCAGUGAAGACCGAUUGGGGACCGAGAGAACGAUCGGGGAGUGUUCGUAAGAUUGACAAUUUUUAUGAACAAGUAAUCUUUCCCUCAUUGGACAUCCCCGGAGAACAAUUCAACCGAAAGAAAUUCACCUUGAAAAACGAGUGGAGGGCUUGUUUUAAAUACAAACACUCGGGAGAAAAGGAGGGAAAUGGAUCGUAUUCGGAUAUUGUUGGCACCUAUGUGAUCGAAACAAAGAUGUGCCCC